GGGGGUUACGUAAGUUUUUCUCCUUCAGAAUUGUGGGACACCAGGAGGACUCGGUCAAAAUCAGACAGAGGCAGAAAGUCAGAAUCGGAUCUGCUGGUCAGUCGGAGGUCAUGGCUGUGGUACUGCUGCUGUUGGCUCUGAUCUGUGGAGCUUUCAGUUCUUCUGAAGCUCAAACAGAUUUCGAUAAACUCCCAGAAUCCCACAGGAAAGGAAUCGAACUCGCCGUCAACCAAAUCAACUCCCAUCGCACCAUCCAGCAGCACUUUCUGUUCUUCAAAAGUUUGGAGAAGUCUGACAUUGAUGCAGGAUUUGGGGCGAAGUUUCUGUACCAUCACUUCCUCCUUAAACCCACUACGUGUCGCAGAGGAACCGCGGACGCAAAUCACUCCAAGUGUGCCUUCAGAGACGACAGACCGGUGAUUGACUGUGGAAUCUGCUUCAAGACUUUUAAUGGAGCAAUUGAAGAAACUCCGAAGCCCAACAUUCAUUGUGUCUACAAACCCACUCUGACCCAGGAGAUGGUUACUAACAGAAUAGAUACCUGCAACAAAAUGAGCUACAGCAGCGGCUCUGCCUCCGUGCUGCUGGUGAAAACGAACAAGAACUAAACUUUCACACCCGCUGGAUACACACUGAUUAUCCUCUGCACAAAUGCACUGAUCACCCCUUACAAACACACAUAUCAUCCCCUGCACACCCACACUGUUCACCCUCACCCUGUAUACACAGAUCACCUCUUAAUGAUGGGCUCAUGAUGACACUGUGUAAUAAAUUGUCAUAACAGGUUUGGUAAUAAUGUGCUAAGCAGUAAAGCUACUUAAAAAAAAUAAACGGUUGCAUAAAAAAUGUAUUGUCCUUUUACAGAAAAAAAAGAGAAACAUUUAAGAGAAACACGAUUUAAGUUAUUUAUCUAAAGUUUGCACUUGCAAGUUGGGGUGUUCGUAUAUAUAUUUUUUUCUUUGAUUCAGUUGGUGUCAGACUGCAAUAAGUAAAGUGCACAGAAACAAAUACUGGGUUUAACUGUGUUUUUUAAAUGGUCAGAAAUGUGGCACUCUGUUACACAUUGAUAGUGAUUUUAUUUUCUUCUGAAUUUUGCAGUAUAAACUCAACAUUUAUUAUUCUUCUUAAUAUGUAUAAUGCCACUUAUUGUCACAAUUACAAUAAAAUUAAACUUUCUUUAUUCUU